GAGGAGGAGCAGCUGCGGAGUGCGGCCCCAGAGCUGCGGCGGGUGUCGUAGUCGGGACCACCCCCGCGUCGCCGGCCUCUCUUUUCCUUUCCUCUCCUCUCGCCGCAUCGCCGGAGACCGCGUUCCGGAGCCAGCGCCGCCUACGCCGAGCAUCCUGUGGUUCGGUCCGGCCCGGCGGGCGCGCGGCCUCAGCGGCAUGAUGCGGCUGCGGGGCGCGGCGGUGCUGUGCGAGCUGCUACGGCGGCCGCCCGUCGCCGUCGGCGCGGCCCUGCGGCGGGCGCAGCCCUUCUUCACGCUGUGCCGGCGCCCCCGGCUCGGGGCCCGGCCGGCUGCGGGCCCGGGGGCCGCGCGGCUGCACCCGUGGUGGGGCGGAGGCGGCGGGCGGCCGGCGGUGCCGCGCGCGGGGGCCCUAUCCAGCUCACCCUCGGAGAUCCUGCAGGAGCUGGGGGGCAAAGGGGGCACGCAGCCCGGGGCGUCGCCGCCCACCGCCCCGCAGGCGCCCGGCCCCAAGGACGGCCCCGGGGACGCGGACGCGCUGGGCCACGGCGAGGGCAAGGAGCUGGUGGUCGCCGGCGACAAUAAAAUAAAACAGGGUCUGUUGCCUAGCUUGGAAGAUUUGCUGUUUUAUACCAUUGCAGAAGGACAAGAAAAAAUACCUGUUCAUAAAUUUAUUACAGCACUCAAAUCUACAGGAUUGCGAACGUCUGACCCCAGGUUGAAAGAGUGUAUGGAUAUGUUAAGAUUAACUCUUCAAACAACGUCAGAUGGUGUCACGCUAGACAAAGAUCUUUUUAAAAAAUGUGUUCAAAGCAACAUUGUUUUGCUGACACAAGCCUUUAGAAGAAAGUUUGUCAUUCCUGACUUUAUGUCCUUUACCUCACACAUCGAUGAGUUAUAUGAAAGUGCUAAAAAGCAGUCUGGAGGAAAGGUUGCAGAUUAUAUCCCUCAGCUGGCCAAGUUCAGUCCUGACUUGUGGGGUGUGUCUGUCUGUACCGUGGAUGGACAGAGGCAUUCUAUUGGAGACACCAAAGUUCCCUUCUGUCUUCAGUCCUGUGUGAAACCUCUGAAAUAUGCCAUUGCUGUGAAUGAUCUCGGAACUGAGUAUGUUCAUCGCUAUGUCGGGAAAGAGCCCAGUGGCUUAAGAUUCAACAAACUAUUUCUAAACGAAGACGAUAAACCACACAACCCUAUGGUAAAUGCUGGAGCCAUUGUUGUAACUUCGUUAAUAAAGCAAGGAGUAAAUAAUGCUGAGAAAUUUGACUAUGUGAUGCAGUUUCUGAAUAAGAUGGCUGGUAAUGAGUAUGUCGGAUUCAGUAAUGCCACGUUUCAGUCUGAAAGAGAAAGCGGAGAUCGAAAUUUUGCAAUAGGAUACUACUUGAAAGAAAAGAAGUGUUUUCCGGAAGGCACAGACAUGGUGGGCAUCCUAGACUUCUAUUUCCAGCUCUGCUCCAUCGAGGUGACCUGCGAAUCUGCCAGCGUGAUGGCGGCAACCCUGGCCAAUGGUGGCUUCUGCCCCAUCACCGGCGAGAGAGUGCUGAGCCCUGAAGCCGUGCGGAACACGCUGAGUCUGAUGCAUUCCUGUGGCAUGUAUGACUUCUCAGGGCAGUUUGCUUUCCACGUUGGUCUUCCUGCAAAAUCUGGAGUUGCUGGAGGCAUUCUUUUAGUUGUCCCCAAUGUCAUGGGCAUGAUGUGCUGGUCUCCUCCCCUGGACAAGAUGGGCAACAGUGUUAAAGGAAUUCACUUCUGUCAUGAUCUUGUUUCUUUGUGUAAUUUCCAUAACUAUGAUAAUUUGAGACACUUUGCAAAAAAACUUGAUCCUCGAAGAGAAGGUGGUGAUCAAAGGGUAAAGUCCGUGAUAAACCUUCUGUUUGCUGCAUACACUGGAGAUGUGUCUGCCCUUCGAAGGUUUGCGUUGUCAGCCAUGGACAUGGAGCAGCGGGACUACGAUUCUAGAACAGCACUCCACGUAGCUGCUGCAGAGGGUCACGUUGAAGUUGUUAAAUUUUUGCUGGAAGCUUGCAAAGUGAACCCUUUCCCCAAAGACAGAUGGAAUAACACUCCCAUGGAUGAAGCACUGCACUUUGGACACCACGACGUAUUUAAAAUCCUCCAGGAAUACCAAACCCAGUACACGCCUCAAGGAGAUUCUGACAAUGGGAAGGAAAAUCAAACGGUCCACAAGAAUCUUGAUGGACUAUUAUAAUGGUCCUCAACCCCAAGGUUUAAGUCACUUACCUAUUUAAUUGUGGAAAAUGAUUAUGAAGAACGUGUGUAUUUCUACCUGGUAGUGAUGUAUAUUUUUACAACAUUUGUUCAUUUCAGUGUUACUGGAGUUUCCUUCAUUGUGCGCACAAGACAAAUCUGAUCUUUUUGGGGAAAAAAUAGAAAUAAAAUAGUCUCCCUCCAUAAUGUGAGCAAUAUUUACCUCGUGCAUUGUAUAAUUCGAUGUAAAAGAAACAGUUACCACUGCUAGCUUAAACGUGUGGUCUUCAUGAUGUAUGUGUGUGUGUGUGUGUGUUGUGAACCUGCCAUUUACGGUGAUGACCUGCUGGUGCACAUUUACCACCUGAGCUCUGUUGUACAGUCUGUCCCACGGGGUUCAGGCUGUCUGUAGAAGCAAACCGUGUAAUUUUCAAGACUUCAAAUUUAGAUUUAGUUCGAGUGUUUGAACAUCAACAUGCACUUACAGUUGAGUGUUAUUGUCUCCUAUCACCCUCAAUUCAUUAUGUGACCCUUUAAAAACUGUAAUAGUUAACAACUGUUGGUAGGAUAGGGAAAUUCAGAUUAGACUUUAUCAGGGAAUUUGUUUAAGAUAUGUUUGGUGACCAAAAUACAUGUGAGAAUAUAGUUAUACUUUUGAAAAAAAAAAAAAAAACAAAACCUUCCUUUUUCUACGUCCCCGUAGUCCAGCCUCUGCCCUCAGGCAUUAGCUAUCUGCCUCUUCCCUCUGGCUGGCUCAGGGAGUGCUGGCAAACUAUGCAGUUUUCGUGUUUCCACAGUCAGAAAACGCCUCGCAUUUCUGGCAUCAGAACCAGAACUUCACCAUUUGUCUGUAGAGGUUGGACCGGAGACGACUCCGUAUGUCUACAACGCAGGCAUGUGCUUCUCCAGCUCUCAAAGACAUCACAGACACAUUUAGACAUGUGUACACUCCCAAAGUCGUUCAGGUGAUAUGGGAACCACACACACCACUUGUUUCUAGGAACCUGUCAUUAAAAGUCUGCACCAAGAUAUUUGUGCUCUUUAGGGAACCACUGGCCCCCCCCCCCCCGCCAGAUGUCUUCUGAUUUUCUAUUGUAUAAUUUUCGGUGGGCUCUGUAGCUCAAUAAUAAGAAAAGGCCAUUUCAUUUUAAAUCAAGAUGCAUCAUGUCUCUAAGGGACGUAAUUCAUGAUUUAAAAAGCAGGUAAAAGGGACCUUCGGAGUGGAAAUAACUUUCUAGGAAUUGCACAUGCAUUUUAUCGUUACGCUUCAGAGAGCUACAGGGGUAAGUGAGGAUUUCUGAUCCUGAGCAUGUGUUAUCCCCUACCUCCCAUAGACCUUUCUGAAGCUGUGUUUAGCAAAAUGAACCAAAUUCGCAACUACCCAAAUCUAGCUGUUACCACACCGGCCACUGCCCUCCUCUGCAUGACCUGCUGCUCUGAGAUUUAUCAGCCCGCCAGCACACACGCACUCACCCCAGCAGCCUCGUGCUCUGACCUCCGCUUCAUUCCGGGACAGCACCUCUCCUAGGUGACACCUGGGCCUGGCGAGCCCUGCACGCGCACAUGGCCACCCAGCUGUGGGCAAAAACCCAUAACUGCACAGAGGGCGGCUCUGCCGGCCCAGCCUGCCUGAAAGGUGGUUCCACAGGGUGGUUUCAAAACUACCAGUGAUUCUGAGGCUUUUCUCUAAUAACAAGAGGUUCAGCUAUCUGGGAACAAAGAGAGCUUUCAUCUUUUUUUUCAGAUCAAAACUGUUUUGUACAGUCUUUGUGAUGUAGCCCAGUGUGCCCACAUUAACCCUGUUAUUUCUGACCACAUGCCCGUCUGCUCUGGAUUUUUGCUACUGGCUAGUAAUAAUAAGUACAUUUGAGGUCAAUGCUGUUUGAAUGUGCUGUUAAUUGCUGCCGUCAGUAAGCUCCAAAGAGUUUAGUUGUGGCUCCAGAUCUCCUGGGCUUUUUGUGUAUCAUGAGAGCUUUACAUGGUCCUGUUGAUUUAAAGCUUUGUAUACACUGCUGUUUUGGUUGGUCUCGGCUCUGAUCAGUGCAUCCCGUGGAUCUGCUGUGUUUUCCCGCCCCACCCCUACUGCCCAGCAGGACUCACUGUUCACGAGGUUGUCUGUCCUGCAGGGGACCAGUGACCUACCUUGGCUGUUGGACUUAAGAUUCUCCCCGGGGAUUACACAGCUAUGAAUGUAUUUGCUUCCAACUUCUCCCAAAGUGACUCUAAUCUUGAAACUAUAAAUUGUAAGUAUUCUGAAAUUGGGAAACAUUUAUUUUAAAUGAAAUCAGGUAGUGUUGCUUUUUACAGCAUAAUAAAUACAUGUAUCAAAAAAUAGAAAA